AUGCCGGAUAAAUCGAAAAGACCAACUUCUAGCUGCUCUGGAAAACCGCAAGCACUAAAAAAGAAGACAGUCACAAAAGAGUUAAAAGACUCUGAACGAAGCAGCGCAGAUAUAAAAGUAGCAGAACAGAUGAGUCUGCAGGCACUCGAUGGGAAGCCCGCAGAAUCCACGGAACAGGGGACCGUUGAACUUCAAGGAAGUGCCCAUGGAGGAGCACGCGAUGAAAGGGCGGUAGAAGAAUCAGACACUCCAGACCUGCUCUCGUCAUCGCCCAACCUAGAUGAAGCGACAACGUCCUCUCCAGUACUUGCGAGGCCAGGCUCGAGUCUUCUUCGGAUACGUACACAAAUAAGACAAGCGAAAGCUGCUGAAUCCAGGGACGCCUUAAAAGCCGUGUCCGAGACGGAGGAUACUGCUGACUCGGACGUCGACAGCGGAGACACAAACACCUCUCUGGACGCCUCCACACGAUCCAUUGGAGGAAAUCGAAUGCUUCUAAAUGAGUUGCCCAGACAUGCGAACGAAAUAUUCCAGCGAACUAAGGCAGAGUUAGAAAAGUCUAGCAACUUAAAAAGAGAAAUUCGAGAAAGUGUCGUGUCGGGGCUAUACAUAUUAUACGAAAUGGUCCUUAAACUAUCUGAUUCAAGAGUGCUGCACAUGCUUGAAUCUAACAAGCAGAAACUGAACACUUCCCGCGAGUCCGAAAGGCUCACGCAAAGACACGCGAGAUUCAUGCACGAAACCUUAGGACAGUAUGCUCUCUUAAAAGAAGACAUUAAGAAAUUACAGAAGGAAACGGAAUCCACCAGAUUAAUACUGUCUUACGACAUUUGUGAGGCUGUCACCGCAACAAAAAGAGAGGUUGUGAACGUAAAAAACGAAAUAUCCACAGGUCCUCCCAUUAAGGAUCAAAUCCAAGCCUUAACGGAGGAAUUUAAACUAUUUCGAGGUAACAUUGACUCUCUUUUAAAGCAAUUUCGGCAAGAAUCAGGCUCUACUCAUCUUGUUGAAGAGCUGAGAGAACUUCGUCGAGUAUUCAACGAAUACGGUCUGAGGAAGGAACCUACUCAGCCACCUUGCAGUCCUCUUACACAAGAUUUUCGCGAUCAGGAGAGUGUGGAACAACAACACCGAAAAACUGAACUACUCCACCAGCAAGUUGUUGACCUGAGAAUGCAACUAAAUGCGGAAGUAGCCGAAAUACGAGAGGAAAUUAAUUCUAUGUCCAAAGACAUCAAAGAACUAACUGUCGCUUCCUCUAACUCUCCGUUGCCCUCGGUUCAAGCAAACUUAGAAGAACUCAGAAGGGAAAACAGAGAGCUACGAGAUAUCACAGUGGACUCAGCAGCCCCAAUCCGACUAGCAAUAGAAAGCCUCAGGAAAGAGCUGAAAAACCAGUUAUAUGUCGGGGAAGCAGAUCUUUCAGAACAUAAAUGCAAAUCACAAGACCUUAAUGAUCAGGAACAAAAACACCACUCAACAUCGCAUAAUUACAGAACCCCCCCACUCACCUUCUCGGAAGUCCUGAGAAAACCACACUACCCAAUAUUGGUUGAAUCAAUUGACCCGAGAAGCACAAGUGAAGAUAUAAUAAAACAGGUUAAGAGCGGGAUCGACGUAGUCGAGCUGGGCAUAGGCGUAAUAGAACCUAUAAUCACGUACGCAGCAGGUAUUUGGGGCGGUGCUACCAAAUUCAAAAUAAUAAAAGACAAACUAAUAUCACUGCAGCGUGGUUUUGCCAUCAAGAUAAUCAGAGCUUUCAAAACAGUUUCCGCCUCUGCUGCAAUCUCGUUAGCCCUACUCACCCCCCUUCACUUAAAAGUAAUAGAAGUCGCCAACAUAGAAACAUCUAAAUUAACUGGAAAAACAGAGUUGUUACCUGAUGAUAUUGUCAUAGAGAAACCACUGACACCAUCACAACUUCUUCAUCCAGCUGACAGGAAAACCAUUGAAAUUAACAUGGCAACCACACAGGAAGACAUUGAUAAAAAUUACAAUAAUCAUACAACGAAGAUAUUCACAGAUGGGAGCAAGCAUAAUGAUGGUAGCACAGGUGCAGCAUUUGUAGUACAAAUUAAUGAUAAAAUAAAAAUACGCAAGAAGUACAAACUACAUCCAAGCUGUACUGUAUUCCAAGCGGAGCUUUUGGCUAUAGAAAGAGCAUGUAAAUGGGCUAUUCAAACAGGUGUCAAUAACCUCUCAAUACUUACGGAUUCACUUUCAGGCUUAAAGGAAAUACAAAACAAAGACAGUACAAAUCCAUUUGUAGUGUCCAUACACAAAUGUAUACAUCAAAUAUGUAACGCAGGAACAGGAACAAUUAACUUUAUUUGGGUAAAAGCACACAAAGGUUUGACCGGUAAUGAAGAAGCGGACUCAACAGCCAAACAAGCUGCUAGUUCGCACAGUAAAUAUGAAUACGACAACACUCCUUUAAGCUACUUGAAACACAACUUCAAACAAAUAACUUUAACUAAUGCCGAUUCAUACUACAAAGACUCUGUUCAAGGGCAAUAUACAAAAAGUAUAUGUCCUGAUAUUGAAUCAAUACAAAAUUUGUGGGAAGCCUUUAAACCCUCUUUUGAAUUUACGCAAAUUUUGACCGGUCACGGAUUCAAUCUAUCGUACCUGUACAGAUUUAAAAUUAAAUCAACUAAUAAAUGCCCAUGCAACGACAACUCUGAACAAACAUUCAAGCACUUAAUCGAAGAAUGUCCAAGAUACUCAAAUACCAGGAAUGAUCACAUAAUUACCUGUAACAACCUAAAUAUUACCGACGCAUUUAACAUAAAGAAAAUAAUAAGCAAGGAAUCUUCAGUCACUUCAUACACCAAACAUAUUAAAAAUAUUGUAAGAACACUUAAGGACUUCAACAGACACAUAACAUAG